UUAUCGGGCUAAAACAAGUUUUGUGGUCCCGCAUAAAACCAGCCCUUUUUAUUUUCCUGAUGACAAAAUUCUCGAAAAAAACUAAAAAGUGGGGGAAGGAGAGGAUUCGGCAAGUUCCGGCCUCAUCCGCUGCUUUCCUCGCAACUAUCGGAUCUUGCGAGGCAUCGUCCUCCUAUCCUAUAAUCGCAUUUCGAAUCGCAAACGGAGACUUCGCCCCUCUUCACAGAUUCUAAUCGAAUUUGCCAAUCUGCAAGCUAACGUAGAACAAUCACCAAUCACCAUCCUUAAGAAGAUGAUGCGAUGCACUGUAACGGGCGGCGGGUGCGUUGCUUCGUGGAUUGGUGAUCGGAGGUCGCCGGCGGUCAACCCCUUCAGCGUGCGGAUGUCGACGGGCAACGGUGGGUGGUGCGGCGGCCUGAGGUCGCGGGCGGCGGAACUCUCCGGCCUCGAGAUGGCCCAUCUACGUGGCGGCAUCGGGGGGCUCUUCCGCGCGAGCCCGCGCUAUGGGCGCUUGCAAGCCACGGCCGCAGUUGACCCUGAAGAUAUUCCACUGGAGAAGGUUCAAGUUAAAUCCUCAGGACAUGUUAUGCCAUAUGUUGGUGUUGCUUGUUUGGGGGCUAUUCUGUUUGGUUAUCAUCUUGGUGUGGUCAAUGGUGCGCUUGAAUAUCUUGCGAAGGAUCUUGGAAUUGCUGAAAAUGCCGUCUUACAGGGAUGGGUGGUUAGCACAUCCCUAGCUGGUGCAACACUAGGUUCCUUUACCGGGGGAUCUUUGGCAGAUAAAUUUGGGCGGACAAGAACAUUCAUCCUGGAUGCAGCCCCACUGGCUGUAGGUGCAUUCUUGAGCGCAACAGCUCAAGAUAUCCGCACCAUGAUUAUUGGUCGGUUGCUUGCUGGAAUUGGUAUUGGGAUCUCAUCUGCACUUGUACCCCUUUACAUAUCUGAGAUAUCACCAACUGAAAUUCGUGGAACACUUGGUUCCGUUAAUCAACUUUUUAUCUGCAUUGGAAUUCUUGCAGCUUUGUUAGCUGGAUUGCCUUUGGCAGGAAAUCCUGCCUGGUGGAGGACAAUGUUUGGAAUUGCUGUAGUUCCAUCCAUUUUGCUGGCUGUAGGAAUGGCCUUUUCGCCUGAAAGCCCUCGAUGGCUAUUCCAGCAAGGAAAGGUUAUUCAAGCAGAAUCGGCUGUAAAAAGACUAUAUGGAAAAGAAAUGGUUACCGAAAUUAUGUAUGAUCUGAGAGCUAGUGGCCAAAGUUCUUCUGAGACCGAAGCUGGCUGGUUUGAUCUUUUCAGCAAGCGUUACUGGAAAGUUGUGAGUGUGGGGGCAGCACUGUUUUUGUUCCAGCAGCUUGCUGGUAUAAACGCUGUUGUAUAUUACUCUACAUCGGUGUUCCGUAAUGCAGGCAUUACAUCUGAUGUUGCUGCUAGUGCUCUUGUUGGAGCAGCCAAUGUUUUUGGCACCAUGGUUGCAUCUUCUCUAAUGGACAAGCAAGGAAGGAAAAGCCUUCUGAUGACAAGCUUUUCUGGAAUGGGUGCUUCAAUGCUACUCCUAGCAUUGUCCUUCACCUGGAAAGCUCUGGCACCUUAUUCUGGUAUUCUUGCUGUUGUUGGCACUGUUCUGUAUGUGCUGUCUUUUGCUCUAGGAGCUGGUCCUGUUCCUGCCCUGCUUCUUCCUGAAAUAUUUGCCUCCAGAAUAAGGGCCAAGGCUGUUGCAUUAUCUCUAGGCAUGCACUGGACUUCUAGAUUCUAUAUGUAAUCCUUUAUAGCUGGUAUCCAACUUUUUUAUUGGCCUGUACUUCUUGAGUGUUGUCAACAAGUUUGGGAUCAGCAAUGUAUAUUUGGGAUUUGCAUCAGUGUGCGUCCUUGCAGUUCUCUACAUAGCUGGGAAUGUGGUCGAGACCAAGGGGCGAUCACUUGAAGAGAUUGAACGGGAACUAAGUGUAGCAGAAUGAUGUGCUUUUGCUAGUCAUGCUGCGGCGCCGUUUUGGUGAUUUUGAGAAUGCAACCAAGCACACAACCGAGCAUCCUUGGACCUGGAGACUUUCUAGUUUCAUGUAGCAGUUACCAAUCAGAUUCAGAAACAAUGAACUCGUCAAUGUUUCUGGAGAUAAGUUUUCAUUUUUUGUUCUAAAAUUUCUUGUUUCUCUUGUAUAGGAGACUUUGAGAUAGUUUCAGCUCUAAAGACGUGAAUAUGGAGCAGCUCCGCUAACGAAUCUAGGAUUCACUAGUAAAAUGUUUAGCUAUACACUAGCUCUAGAUUUACGAAACAGAGGUCUCCCUUGGAAUGACUUGUUUUGCUCUUGAUGUUGGCUGACAUAUCCUUCGAAGCAAUUUGGAGUAAAAAUACACAAUGAAAUAACUGCCAUGUUCUCAAUA